CCGCCGACCCUGGCCCCCUCCCCCGACACCCAGAGCCACAAUGGCAGAGCUGCCGGUGUUGGAGACGCCCAGGGACCCUGCUCUGUGCAGUGGGCGCUUCACCAUCAGCACGUUGCUGGGGGGCGAUGAGCCCCCGCCACCGGCCGCCUAUGACAGCAGCCACCCCAGCCACCUGACCCACGGCAGCACCUUCUACAUGCGCACCUUUGGCUACAACACUGUCGAUGUGGUGCCUGCCUACGAGCACUAUGCCAACAGCACCCUGCCCGGCGAGCCCCGAAAAGUCCGGCCCACGCUGGCCGACCUGCACUCCUUCCUCAAGCAGGAAGGCAGCCACCUGCAUGCCCUGGCCUUUGACAGCCGGCCCAGCCAUGAGAUGACCGAUGGGCUGGUGGAGGAUGAGACAGGUACCAACGGCGAGAAGAACCCUGAGGAGCCUGUGCGCUUUGGCUGGGUCAAGGGGGUGAUGAUCCGUUGCAUGCUCAAUAUCUGGGGUGUGAUCCUCUAUCUGCGGCUCCCCUGGAUUACCGCCCAGGCAGGCAUUGUCCUGACCUGGAUCAUCAUCCUGCUCUCGGUCACGGUGACCUCCAUCACGGGCCUCUCCAUCUCGGCCAUCUCCACCAACGGCAAGGUCAAGUCAGGUGGCACCUACUUCCUCAUCUCCCGGAGUCUUGGCCCAGAGCUAGGGGGCUCCAUCGGCCUCAUCUUUGCUUUCGCCAAUGCUGUGGGUGUGGCCAUGCACACUGUGGGCUUCGCAGAGACCGUGCAGGACUUGCUCCAGGAGUACGGCUCGCCCAUCGUGGACCCCACCAACGACAUCCGCAUCAUUGGCGUGGUCACCAUCACUGUGCUGCUGGCCAUCUCCCUGGCUGGCAUGGAGUGGGAGUCCAAGGCCCAGGUGCUCUUCUUCCUCGUCAUCAUGGUCUCUUUUGCCAACUACCUGGUGGGGACACUGAUCCCCCCCUCUGAGGACAAGGCCUCCAAAGGCUUCUUCAGCUACCGGGCGGACAUUUUUGCCCAGAACUUGGUGCCUGACUGGCGGGGCGUGGACGGCAGCUUCUUCGGGAUGUUUUCCAUCUUCUUCCCCUCAGCCACAGGCAUCCUGGCGGGAGCCAACAUCUCCGGGGACCUCAAGGACCCUGCUGUAGCCAUCCCCAAGGGAACGCUCAUGGCCAUUUUCUGGACCACCAUUUCCUACCUAGCCAUCUCGGCCACCAUUGGCUCCUGUGUGGUUCGAGAUGCCUCCGGGAUCCUGAAUGACACGGUGACCCCCGGCUCAGGCGCCUGCGAGGGGCUGGCCUGUGGCUACGGCUGGAACUUUACCGAGUGCGCCCAGCAGCACAGCUGCCGCUACGGCCUCAUCAACCACUACCAGACCAUGAGCAUGGUGUCGGGCUUCGCACCCCUGAUCAUGGCCGGCAUCUUUGGGGCCACCCUCUCCUCAGCCCUGGCCUGUCUCGUCUCUGCCGCCAAAGUUUUCCAGUGCCUGUGCGUAGACCAGCUGUACCCACUGAUCGGCUUCUUCGGCAAAGGCUAUGGCAAGAACAAUGAGCCACUGCGCAGCUACCUGCUGGCCUAUGCCAUUGCUGUGGCCUUCAUCAUCAUCGCUGAGCUCAACACCAUCGCCCCCAUCAUCUCCAACUUCUUCCUGUGCUCCUACGCCCUCAUCAAUUUCAGCUGUUUCCACGCCUCCAUCACCAACUCACCCGGGUGGAGACCCUCAUUCCGUUACUACAGCAAGUGGGCGGCGCUGUUUGGGGCGAUCAUCUCCGUGGUCAUCAUGUUCCUUCUCACCUGGUGGGCGGCCCUCAUCGCCAUCGGUGUGGUCCUCUUCCUCCUGCUCUAUGUGAUCUACAAGAAGCCAGAGGUGAACUGGGGCUCCUCGGUACAGGCUGGCUCCUACAACCUGGCCCUGAGCUACUCGGUGGGUCUCAGCGAGGUGGAGGACCACAUCAAGAACUAUCGCCCCCAGUGCCUAGUGCUCACGGGGCCCCCCAACUUCCGGCCGGCCCUGGUGGACUUUGUGGGCACCUUCACCCGGAAUCUCAGCUUGAUGAUCUGCGGCCACGUGCUCAUUGGACCCCGCAAACAGAGGAUGCCUGAGCUCCGGCUCAUCGCCAGCGGGCACACCAAGUGGCUGAACAAGAGGAAGAUCAAGGCCUUCUACUCCGACGUCAUCGCUGAGGACCUCCGCAGUGGUGUCCAGAUUCUCAUGCAGGCUGCAGGUCUCGGGAGGUUGAAGCCCAACAUUCUGGUGGUCGGGUUCAAGAAGAACUGGCAGUCGGCUCACCCGGCCACAGUGGAAGACUACAUCGGCAUCCUGCACGACGCUUUUGAUUUCAACUACAGUGUGUGUGUCAUGAGGAUGCGUGAGGGGCUCAACAUCUCGAAGGUGAUGCAGGCGCACAUUAACCCCGUGUUUGACCCAGUGGAGGAUGGCAAGGAAGCCGGAGCCAGUGGAGUCAGGCCGUCUGUCUCGGGCACGGUGGACCCCGAGGCCCUGGUGCAGGAGGAGCAGGCCAGCACCAUCUUCCAGUCAGAGCAGGGAAAGAAGACCAUCGACAUCUACUGGCUAUUCGACGAUGGAGGCCUCACCCUCCUCAUCCCCUAUCUCCUCGGCCGCAAGAAGAGAUGGAAUAAAUGCAGGACCCGCGUGUUCGUGGGGGGCCAGAUCAACAGGCUGGACCAGGAGAGAAAGGCGAUCAUUUCUCUGCUGAGCAAGUUCCGGCUGGGAUUCCAUGAAGUUCACAUCCUUCCCGACAUCAACCAGAAGCCGCGGGCUGAGCACACCAAGCGGUUUGAGGACAUGAUUGCGCCCUUCCGCCUGAAUGAUGGUUUCAAAGACGAGGCCACGGUCACCGAGAUGAGGCGGGACUGCCCCUGGAAGAUCUCGGAUGAGGAGAUUAACAAGAAUAGAAUCAAGUCCCUUCGGCAGGUGAGGCUGAACGAGAUUCUGCUGGAUUACUCCCGGGAUGCCGCUCUGGUCAUCAUGACAGCCGUGAAGCCUGCGGAACCUGUUUGUUCAUACCCGGAAAUCAACAUGGAGCACACGAUUUCCAGGGCCCCGCGCACAAUGAAAAGCACCUUGCCCAUAGGGAGGAAGGGGAAGUGCCCGAGCUCGCUCUACAUGGCCUGGCUGGAGACGCUGUCCCAGGACCUCAGACCUCCGGUCGUCCUGAUCCGAGGAAACCAGGAAAACGUGCUCACCUUUUACUGCCAGUAACUCUGGGCUCGGCUGCGCCUGCCCAAAGCCAGGGUGCAGGGGGCGCCCACCUGUCCACGGGGACAGGACACAUGCCCCAUCGCACUUUAAGGGGUGGCAUCUGAUGAUCUGAUGGAAGAAGCUGGUACAUUUCCAAAUUUCAGCUAGACCCCACUCCCAUCAGACAAGUCCUCCGGGCUUUGUUUUUCUGGGCUGGAGAAGUAGCAGGUGGAGCUGCCUGGAAAACUCUCUGGUGGAUUCAUAUUCCUUUUAAGUUUUCUUUUGCUCUUGAUUACAACAAAUUAAGAUUUCAAUCUUUGAUUUGUAUACAAA